AUGGGCUGUGCUGUAGGAAAAGAAAAACCUACUUCUAGAGAAACCAAAUUCACUUUAAAAGCCUAAGAGCUUUGCGAAAAUUUUAAUGAGUUGAAAAUUGAUAUCAUCAAGACUAGAAAUCUUUUAUAUUAAAAAUUCAAUAUUAAAAACCGUAUUAAAUCAAGCAGCGGUGAUUCGAAAAAUUCUAUUGAUACCUAGACUUUUACAGGUAAUAUACAACAUGUAAACAAAGACUUCUCCAAAAAUACUACCUUUGUAAACAUCUAAAAUGAGGAUUAGAUUACAGGUGUUUAAAUUUAAACUCUUUAAAAUAUUCCUAAUACAUCAUAAAUGGUAAGUAUCGAAGACUUUAUCAUGAUUGACACCGCUACAGAGUGGAAAUACUUCAAGGAGACAUAUACAAUUUACACAAGCAAUCACAAAAACACCUAAAAAAUAUGUGACAUGUGUCGCUUUUUCCUCUAAAAAAUGGAAGAAUAAGUUAGCCAUCUAGAAGAAAUGAAUAAAUAAUCUGACAUUUUGUACAAGUGUGUACGUGCAUUUAAAAACGAAAUGAAGAACAAGCGCUCUAACCUAUUCAACGAUCUUGGCUUGAUUGUUGAAAAUUCAAAAAAAUUGCUUGAUCAACUCAAGUCAACUAAAUCAAACGUUUCUCAACUUUCGCUUAUGACUUUAGUGGCUGAUACAUCAGAUUCUUUGGUGAACUGCAAUUCGAUCCAAGCCCACUGA